CGCCGAUACUACGCCGCAACGACUGUGUCGCCGCCGAACGUACACUGUGUGCGUGUCCGUCGAUCCGUUCGCGUUACCGUGUCCGAUUGUGUUUAUUUGAGUGUGUGUGCGAGUGUGAGUGCGUGUUUGUGUGUGUGUGUGUGUGUGUGUGUGCGCGCGCGCGCACCGUAGAUCGAUAAAACGCACGACGGUUUUGGUGCACCAUAACAAUAUUCUGUUGCUACACGCCGGCUGCUUAUCACUGCCUGUCAGCGACGUUAUCACGACGCCGGUCCGAGACGAGUCGAUAUCUGCACCCUGCACGUUUAAUAGGUUGACAUAAAUUGCUAAUAGUAUGGCGGUCACAAAAAUAUGCUGUAUAGGAGCUGGAUAUGUUGGAGGGCCCACAUGCAGUGUAAUUGCAAUGCAGUGUCCACAUAUAAAAGUCACGGUUGUAGAUAUAAGUGUUCAACGAAUAUCCCAGUGGAACUCACAAAAACUACCCAUUUACGAGCCCGGACUAGAUGAUAUUGUAAAGAAGCAAAGAAAUGUAAACUUGUUUUUUUCUACCAACAUCGAAGAAUCUAUCCAAGAAGCAGAUCUAAUUUUUAUUUCUGUAAAUACUCCAACAAAGACAUUUGGAGUAGGCAAAGGACGUGCUGCCGACUUAACAUACGUUGAAAACUGUGCUAGGACUAUUGCUCAAGUUUCAACUAGUGAUAAAAUUGUAGUGGAAAAAAGUACAGUACCGGUACGUGCAGCGGAAAGCAUAUUAAAGAUUCUAAGCGCUAACCAUAAGCCAAAUGUAAAAUUUCAAGUACUAUCUAACCCCGAGUUCUUGUCUGAAGGCGUCGCUGUUGAAAACCUAUUAAAUGCAGAUAGAGUUCUUAUAGGACACGAAGAAACCGCCGAUGGCUUGUGGGCUUUCAAGGAGCUCAGUAAAGUCUAUUUGAAUUGGAUACCCGAAUCAAAAAUCCUCAGAACAAACACUUGGUCUUCGGAAUUAACCAAACUAGCGGCUAAUGCAUUUCUCGCUCAACGGAUUUCUAGUAUAAACUCAAUGUCCGUAAUAUGUGAAGCGACUGGGGCAGAUGUCAGUGAGGUGGCUAAAGGCAUAGGUCUCGAUUCCAGAAUUGGCCCAAAAUUUUUACAAGCGUCAGUCGGUUUUGGAGGCAGUUGUUUUCAAAAAGAUUUACUUAAUUUAGUUUAUAUAUGUGAAUGUUUAAAUCUUCCACAAGUAGCUGUUUAUUGGCAACAAGUACUAGACAUGAAUGUCUAUCAAAAAUCUCGAUUUUCGAAUAAAAUUAUUGAAUCGCUGUUUAAUACGGUCACUGGUAAAAAAAUAACAAUGUUUGGAUUUGCGUUUAAAAAAGACACAGGUGAUACUCGUGAGUCACCUGCAAUACAUGUUGCUAAGACGUUACUCGAUGAAGGAGCAAAACUCAAUAUAUAUGACCCGAAGGUGGAACCAGAACAAAUCAAAAAAGACCUUACGCAUCCAUAUGUUACUGAUAAUCCAGAAAAUGUGAUUAAGUCUAUCGAAAUUCACGAUAAUCCAUACAGAGCUUCACACUCGACUCACGCUAUUGUAAUAUGCACCGAAUGGGAUGAAUUUGUGAACUUGGAUUACGAAGAAAUUUAUAAACAUAUGAUAAAACCAGCAUUUAUUUUUGAUGGUCGCAAGAUUCUGAAUCACGAAACUUUGGCCACAAUUGGGUUCCAAGUUCAUACAAUUGGAAAACGUUGAGUUUUAAAAUUUAUUCCGAAUUUUGUCUUCCAUUCAAUCAUAUCAAUUAGGUAUUCUUGCCACUACCGGAAAAUAUCAGUAAAUAUAUUUAUAUUUUUCACGUUUACAUUUUAUAACUAAUUAUCUUAAACAAACUUUUAAUUAACGUAUACCUACGUGGCCUUAUAUAUUUUAAUAACAUAAGAAAUUAAUUACCUACUAAAGAUAAGUCAGGAUAUAUUGUACCAAUGUAAAAUUUACAUAUUUAUAUAUAUAUUUGUAUCUAUUUUGAAUUUUUAUAAUUAUUGAUGUAUGAAUACUUUUGUUUAUUGCCUCUCUAAGAAAAAAUAUUUUUAAAUGAAAACAAAAAUUUUUUAUAAAAAUUUAAAAAGUGGUU